UCCUGCGGCGUUGGUGUCGAGCUGAGGUGGAGACGGGCUGCGGCAGCGACGGCGACAGUGGCGGCGGCGCCAUGGCAGGGCUCGCAGGAUCCCUGCUGCCUUGGUGAUCCCGGGCUGACAGCCAGAGAGCACAGCGGCUCAGCUCCUGGAGAGUGAGGGUUGAAGAAAGCGGAGGGGGCCGCCCGCGUCCGCUGGCUCCCGUUAGGUUGGUUCCUGCAGCGGUGCCCGGCAGCCUUGGCGAAGGCCCUGCCCAGCAGAGAUCAUGUAUUGCCUCCAGUGGCUGCUGCCCGUCCUCCUCAUCCCCAAGCCACUCAACCCCGCCCUGUGGUUUAGCCACUCCAUGUUCAUGGGCUUCUACCUGCUCAGCUUUCUCCUGGAGCGGAAGCCUUGCACAAUUUGCGCCCUGGUUUUCCUGGCAGCCCUGUUCCUCAUCUGCUAUAGCUGCUGGGGAAACUGUUUCCUGUACCACUGCUCUGAUUCCCCGCUUCCAGAAUCGGCGCAUGACCCUGGUGUUGUGGGCACCUAACAACCCAGUUAACUUUCCAAGGAAGCAGAAGACGGGAGGGGAGGCAUUGACAUAGGUCAUAAAGCAUUGGAGUUUCAAAUCCCGCAGCCCUGCGGGUGCCACAUUCCUGACGGCGCCUUUUGGCCUGUGAUGUUUUAUCCUUAUAAUGUGAAUAAUGGCACUGACUGGUGCUUUCAUUGUAGAGUCCUAUAGUCGUGGGUGGUCUUGUGGUUAUGUGUGUUCUGUCCCCAUCUUGGUUCCUAGCUGGCAGGAUGGCCAAAUCCUCGCUCAUUCCGGCGAGGACUCUGCGCCUAUCCUGGUCAACCACCCUGGCAUGACCUGGACAGAUAAAAUGCCAGUCUCAUGUCACCUCUGUGACCCCUCCUUGUUAGGGUCUCCUCCCCUCUCCAACUGACUCCUUUGUCCCUUUCCUGGUUUCCCUUAGUUCUCUCCUACACCCUUUCCUUUUUGGGGGAGCACCUGUCCAAGACAGGGCUCAUUUUUGCACUUAUCUCGAAUUUAAAGAGAUUGCUGACGCCCAAGAGCCUCGCUUUUUCGUCCUUCUUUCCCUGUUCAGCAGGCUAGACGAAAAGUCUUGACUGCUUGUUGCCCAUAAAUCUCCAGUAUUUUCUCCACUUCAUUUUGAAGAAAGAUAGAUACAUAUUGCUCUUUCACCUGAGUGUCUGGGCUCAUGCUUAUAGCCCAGCCUCACUUCCUUUGCCCUUCCUCCUGCCCUUCUCAGCUGUCUCCAGGAGAGGGGCCUCAUAGUGUCUCCCGUGCAUGCUCUGCAGGAUUGAGGUGUGGUGUGUACAUGUAGACCUAGCAGUCCCCAGCCGAGUGAACGGAAGAGUGUUCGUGAGUUUCAUAACAACCAUGAUCCCUUUGAUAGGUGUUUGGAUAUAGUUUGGUGUGCUGUGUGUGUGGUGUGCUGUGUGUGCGUGUGUGUGCGUGUGUGUGUGUACAAAUACAUGUGUAUGUACCUUUUAAAGAAGCUUUAUCAAAUGUGUUCUGAAUUUGAGGUUUAGCAAUAGCUAGCUCUAGUAGGUGCCGCUACAGUUUUCAUUUAGCAUGGGGAUUACAGAGUGACCAGCACAUUGGACUCCAAGGUGGUUCAGACAAGACAGAGGGGAACAGUGGCCAUCAUCCUCGUGCCAGGAGAUUCUUCAGUCCUGCAUAUAUAGACUAUCUGUUUUGAAGAAUACACAGGAAGACUUUGUGACUGUCACUUGCUAUUUUUUUUCCUGCGCUUCAGUAACAAGUGUUGGCAAAUGAGACUUUCUCCUGGCCCAGGCCCUCUGGGGAUCAACAUGGUUGUCCUUCCAGUCUCAACUAUCCAUCUUCCUCUGGCCUGACAUGGGGAGGGAGAUAGGCCAGUCAGCGGACAGAACUGGAGGCAGUCCAUGUAGGGAAUGGGACCUUGAGGCCACACUUGUGGAACAUUUGGACUGCUGUUCCAGAGCUUUUAUUUCUGGUGUGUUCGUUGCACAGCUGUUUGAAAUGUUUAAUAAAGCUUUAUAA